CGAUGAGAGAGAAAAGAUGGUGAUGGGAAUGGCAUACCUCGGUUCUCUUUUCAUCGUCAUUAAGUUACCAUGUUGAGAUGAUUGACGCAGGGAUGCACCUUGGCCUGUCGAUCAUGUGGCUUGAACCUUUUGGCCAGAGGUCACGUAAUCUCUGUUGUUUAAGUUUAUCUUGAACGAAGGGGAAUGUCAAAAAUGGUAGUUCGAUUUGAUGAUAUAUAAUCAUGGAGAGUUGGGUAAUUAGUGCGAGUGUCACUGUUUAAUUUAUUUUAAUUGAACGGAAUCAAAAACAAGGGUCUCUAGUGCAACCUCGAUGUUUCAGAUGAAUUGUCAAUUGCAACUCCACCGCAUGUGGUUUUUUUCUCUCUCUUUAGUGGCAGGGCGGCCUAUCCUUGUCGAUCCUCCUUGAUUAACUUCUCCCAAAGUGUUUGCAUUCAUCUGCAUAAAACCGACCUCAACCUUCGUCGUCAUCAUUUCCCGAGACCACGUAACCUUUCAACGCCUCAAAGGAACAGAGUUUGAACGGGGCAUUUCCUUUAAUCGGAGAAAAGAGCCAGAAGGAGAAGAGAAAAAAACGUUGGCUCUUUGACUCAACUCGGAGUAACAAUGACAUGACAACGAAUGGGGUCCGUGUUGUCGGAUCGUAGAUCGCUAGCUUGCUCUCUCUUCUUCUUUGGAGGCUUCCUCUUUUGGGUGACCAGCCCGCAAACGGAUCGACGCCUCUUGUUAGCCACCGCAAGCUCUGGACCGAUCCGCUGGUGGUUCAGUUGUUAGCUUCGAUAGUUUGUCUCAGUCAACGGGGCCCGAGAGGCAAGACUCAGAGUCAGUCAGUCUGUGAGGAGACUCUCAUGAUGAAUGGAUUUAUCAUCAAUGCAUGCAUGUUGAACCCCUGCAAACUCAAAACUCAAUGCAAGUCUUCAGCUCGUCGCAGGGGGGAUAAUAAAACACCGGAACCUCCUCAGCGAGUUUUGAUGUGAAGUCUUCCGCAGUAUUUUUUCCACAGGGCGGGCAUAUCUUCCGGAAAACAUGUGCUAUCUGCAUUUCUGCAGCGCUAAAAAGGGGACCCAGCAUUGCAGAAGCCACUGGGUUCUUUAGUGGCUUUCGGCCAAGGUUGCUCGAACCCGACUUGGCCCGCCCCCGCAAGCUCACCUUCGUAGCCUGUGAUUGAUCCACUGAAUUGCAUGGCGACCUGAGAGCGAGUCAGUCUUAGGCCCUUCUCUUGCGACCUGAGGAAGGAGCUGGGCCUGGUACCGUGGUAUUAAGCGAUCGUGGGCUGCUCCUGCUCCGCGACUCGCGAUUGAACGAGGGUCUUGUCCUGCCUGUCAUUGCCUUACCUGGGCUGCUCUUGCCUUUCUUGUUGUUGCUCUUUGCACUCGGGUCCCAUUCUUUCCUUCUUUCCUUUCUUCUCUCGUCUUCCAUCCAAUCCAAUCUGAUAACUUACAACCUCCCACCAACACUCACCCACUAUGAUCUUCUAAGCUUUACACUGUCACUCUCAACGAUAACAACUCUUGAUCUUUUCCUCUCAAUAAAUGAGAGCGCAAAUACUCACAUUUUAAUUCCUUUCUUUCUUUACUCUGGCGCGCUAUAAACAUCAAUCGGCAACUGUUAUAAUAACCCACUGCGCUUGUGUCGCACAAUCGCAUUACAUUCCACCACUCCCGAGACAUAAAGCAACAACCCGACUUGUCCGUCCUCUUUUUGUGGAGGGGCAUAAUAAUUAGGACAAGAUGCCUACAAUCAACGCUCUUCGAUCAUUCGAACCUCCUCCUAUUCCAUCUCUUCCCGAUUUUGAGCGUCGUCGUUCCACAACAUCGACGCUCUCCAACAACAACUCAGAUUCUGUCACCUCAUCUCUGCGGGGUCUUCAAUCACCACCCAAAAGUAGCAGAUCAAACCGCCCCAAGAGUGCUAAAUUCUCAUCAUACCGCCUGCGCAGCAAUUCAGGCCUUUCACUUCACACCAAUGAGGACAUUCUGAGACAAUAUACCGACUACCACCCUGAUGGCACACCGCGUGCCGGCAUGUAUAGCAACGGGCUGGGGCAGUGGUCAGGUGAGAGAUUGAGGAGCAUUGACUCUGUUACAUCGUCCAGAAGUCAAAGAUCUAGUAUCGCUUUCACUGAGUCGGAUGGUUCCGGCGAGUUGCCUAUUCCUGAUCUCGUUGGACGUGAGAUGUUUGAUAUGGUCAUGGCCGAUCAUGCUGCUAGUGGCCAAUUAUGGAGAUUCGCCGCCAGUCGAGGAGUUGGUCAGAAUGUUGACUACCUCAUGAAGAUUCGCGACUAUAUUCAAUCCCUGGAGCAGGUUGUCAUUCAACUCUCGACAAUAUCAACUUCGUUUACAUCCAUCACCGCAACGUCACCAAUUAAUCUGCCCUCCCCUAUGUCCAAGGCUCUCAACACCAACAUCAAGCAUCUCACAACAUCACUUAUUCCCAGCCUGGAAAACAUGUUUCUCGAAUCUAAAACCUAUAUCGAACAACGCAUCGUCAGAGAAAUCUUCCCCGAUUUUGUCAAACAGCAACUAUCUCAGUGUACUAGUCUGGCUCUCUCCCUCGACGCAGAAGGUGACUCACCACCAAACCCUUACCCGGGCCUUAAGGGAUCAUUCUGUCUAAGUGAUCCGUCGCGAUCCGGAAACCCUAUUGUCUUUGCUUCCGACGAGUUUGAGGAACUGACAGGAUAUUCACGAAGUGAGGUUUUGGCACACAAUUGCCGCUUCCUUCAGGGGCCACAAACCGACCGAGACGGAAUUGCCAAGAUGCGCUCCGCAAUCUGGCGCAACGAGGAGUGUACGGAAUUGCUCCUCAACUUUCGGAAAGAUGGAACGCCGUUCUGGAACCUUCUUUUCCUGUGCCCUCUUCUCGACACCGCUGGUAAAACAAAGUUCUUUAUGGGCGCCCAAAUCGACGUGUCGUCCUCGCUGCACGACACUCAUGAUGUUCUGAAAGUUUUGUCGUACGGUGCUGCAGAAGAAGACAAGACACCCGAACGGAGCAACUCUCGCUGGGCUAGCGACGGAUCUCAAGGCGAGCCUGAAGCUGAGGAAGCCCUGAGUGUCAAGAACAACCAAUACAAGACAACAAAAAUGUCUGGAUUCUUCAAAGCGUUCAAAAAACCGCCUCCUCCUCCUCUGUCGCCACCAUUGAGCCCACGCCGCAGCUCGGAUAGACCCCGGUCAUCAGCUGGACCCACGAUACUUGACAAGACCUACAGCACACGAAACGUUAUCAGGAGAUUUUCUAAUCAGCCAGAAAUGCUUAUGACAACAUACGCCCGAUAUAUGAUUCUUGAGCACGUUCCUUCAUACCCAGCAUCUUUGGGCGCAAUGCCUCUCGAUCAGGAGAUGAAGUAUCCACCCAAGUUGUGUGUGUCUUUCUACUCUAAAGAGAUGCUCGAUGCUCUUGAUCUGGGCAUGUCGGCGGAAGCUAUCAUUGGCAAAGAUAUAUUUGACAUUUUCACUGAGCAAUCUACACUGCCAUCAGUUACCAAGGCAUUCAAGUCGACAGUCCGAGAUCUCGUUGUCCGCGAUGGAAAAUCCGUCUCGCUGGAUCUUGCACUUGCAAACCACAUCCCUCGCCGUGCCAAUAUGACAAGAACGUUGAGUGGUGACAGCGGGGAAACAUCACCGAAGAAGCCAGCCAAGAUGAUGAGCCACUGGACACCUCUCAAAGAUACUGAAGGAUAUGUCAAGUAUGUGGCAAUGAUUGUGUCGCCAAUUUAAAUAGGUGAUAAAUGGAAAGACGAAAUGAUGGUAUAAUAUGCGGGCGUUGGGUGGAGAUUUGCUUUUUGUAUUGUAUCAGGGGAUGUUUGAAGCUUAUUUAUACCUGUACGUACUCUUAACGACCAAGAGAAUGAAGUUACGACUAUAAUUACUACAAUGAAUUGUUUCAGUAUACCAAGCUCUCCGCCACUGAAGUUGAUAUGUUCAUGGACUUCGUCAUGGAUUUAAAUGAAUCAUACUCUCCAUUGACAUACAGCGUAAACAACGCACUGAAGUCCAUGUCACGCUCCAAAAGCAGCCUCUGAUCGCCAAAGUUCAGCAACCCUACGACGGAAAUUCCACCAACGGUCCGCCAAGACAACCACAAUAAAGGGGUAAUCGGCACUUCCGAUCUGUUGGCUCUCUAAAUCUCCGACGACGGUGGGUGAUCUAUGGCGUUUGAGUUAUCGGGACCGAGGGGGAACAGCCGCUAUUGUUUCUGUUGUUGGUCCCUGGUCUUGGCGGGCCGUGUGUCAGGGACUGGAGUUUGGUGGCCUUGGUCGAGGAGGUUUGUUCGCGUGCUUGCAAGAGAUAAGACCUAAGUCGAGAACUUCAUACGGGCUUGAACGUUGGGCGACCUUUUUGCUAGCAGGUGUACAAAGGUCUGAGGUCUUGGACGAGCGAGAAUAACUUAGCUAAGAUACUCUUAAGAUCAUAAAACGAGUAUACCAAACUAUGCAAAACGGUC